AUGAUGGCUACAGGUAGUAGGUGUCCAGCCAAGCUGCAAGCCCUUCGCUGCUGCUUCGCUUUUGGAAAGGCAUAUCGGCAGGAUGAUGCCAGCACGUCGGAUCAGGAGGAGUCCUUAGAUGAUGUCAGUACAGCUGCCAGCACGCCGAACGAAGUGUCGGAGGCUGACGGGAAUGCAGUGAUGUCGGCAGGUUCUCAGUCGCCCUCAAGUCACCGCCCCUCGUUGGAGCUGCAGCCUUCCGAGGUGACUGUAACGUCGGGUGAGAGCGGCGGCGCAGCACUGGUGACUCACGACUGGUGGUGCGAUGUGGAUGCCAAAGCGGCCACCGAUGCCGGGCUGACCACGGCCAGCAACUUGGUUGCAGCCCGUGUGAUUCAUGAGGAGGACCCAAAAGUUCUCUCAGAUCCUUUGGCGACGCUCCAGCUUUACGAAGAGAUGUUAGAGCCGAGGACUUGGAAGAGGACUGACUAUGUGGCAGUUUGGCUGGGCAUGGGCCCACGAUGGUUGGUCUACUUAUGUGAAGCCACGGGAGAUGCGCUGCGGGACUCAUUGGAGUCAGGCGCUGCCCUGAAGCAGAGGGUCAAGUUGAUUCUUCGCCCCGUCAAGGUGCGGUUGCCGUUUCCCAGCAGUCCGCCCAAAGAUGCGGAGUUUGUUGGUCCAUACUUUGGCGAUGGGGCAACGAUGGAUGAGGCGAUGCUAAGCCAGUCAGGGUCACAAAUCUAUGGCCUUCGUGUGAAUCUCUAUGGCAACUGGCUGGUCAAGUUGGGCCUGCAACACAUCGGAUUGCAGUCUGGAAAUUGCCUAGAUUUGCUGGUCAUUGAUUGGCCUUCCAGGCUGCUAUUGGCCUCAAUCAGGCUGACCAUUACACAGGCUUUCAAGGACCAGCGCGAUACCAUGCCGCAGCCACUGGACGGUCGCUUGCGGCACGAGGCACGAGGACUUGAGAUGAAGCACCAAGCUGCCUGGGUGCUUCUGACCCCAGACCUGGUUUGUAAAAAGGCACUGAUGCCCCCUGGAGCAAAGAAAGAAGAUAAAGGGACCGAAGCUGAAAAAUUCGAUGGGCUGCCCAUCUGUUCGUCACCCGGUGUCGACGCGGGUCCAGGGCAGCAGUUGCUGCCCGCUGCCACAAACCUGCACAGACUCGGUGACAUCCCUGAAGCCCCGAACCUGCAAAGUGAGCACUGUGUGCGACCCGAAGAGAAGCAAAGUCGACCAAAACAGGGCAACAUUUCGGACCCGUCGGGCCAAGAUUGGUAUUCAUCCGCAGGUUGGAGCAGGGGUUGGCCCGGCGACAGCCGCGACAGCCCAGAGGUCCCAGAGAUCCCGGAGGUCUCCGUCCCCGUCCUGCGCCAGCGAGGUGGUGAACCGGCUCCGCGACGGCUGGAAACCACCAGCAUACAUGCAGGCCAGAGCGAAAGCCCAGCUUUGCGAUUCCAAACAGGUGGUUCCACCAGCCUUUUUCUUCGUGCAGGUCGGCGGGGCGAGAGCCCUUUGGAAUCCCAGCCGCUGACCGAGCGAUGUGAGCUACGAAGAGGCAGCUCCACGGACAGCCGCUGUGUGCGAACAGGUUCGGUGCCAGUGGCCUCGACAAGCCGCCUUUCUGUGAAUGCUCCCGGCAUCGCCAACAACAUCCUCAAUGGCCGAGGCUCUCAUCGUAGAAGCCAAACAGCCCUACGAAGUGGUGGAGGGCAGUCAGGACAAGGUGGCCAUGAAAAGUUGGCGCCCAGCAGUUGGACUCCCACCGCCGGCUCAAAGGGCUCAAAGGGCUCGAAAGGCCAGGGAAAGGCCCCAGUUGGUGACGGCAGAGGGCGACGCGAACCAAGCGAGCAGAGAGAAAGGCCUUCUGAGUCGGUGCCAUAUUCUGAGAAGAAGUGGAUCAGAAGCGAUGGGACGGAAGUUGAUGUGCAUGGCAAGAUCAUGGAGUUGGAAAGUGCGCACGAUUUGCUGGACAUUGCGGGGGAGUUCGUGAACGAGUUUGCAGUCUUUCACGCGUCAGCUGCAUUGCACCGAAUUGCCAAAGCAAAUAAUCACUAUGAGGUGAAAGGGGACGAGCGUUUGCGUCUUCUGGCGUCCAAAGCCACACGUGAGCUGGUGAAGUGGGACAAGCUCAAGAAACCUCAGACCAUGUCCAAAAUCAUUUGGGCAAUGGCCAAACUUGAGCUGAAGCUUGACAAACUUGUGUCGCAGGUCUCAGACGAAGCUUUGCAAAGGUUGCCGGAGUUUGAACCGCAACAGCUGGUCAACAUGAUGUGGGCCUACGCGACGUUGCGGACACAAGAGCCUCCCUUGCGGCAGCUGGGUGCUUUGCAGGGUCGCUUGAAUGCCUUGGCGCCCCUGGGCCGCGCCAACCUAGCCUGGUCCGUGGCAAAGUUGAUGGUUAGAUCCUGGCCCAUUGAAGAGCUGGUGACUGAAUGUCGGCACGCUGUGCCAGAGAUGAAUGGUCAAAACCUGGCGAACACCAGUUGGGCCUUCGCAACGCUGCGCGUUGCGGAUGAAGACUUCUUCGACGCGGUGGCAAAGGCGGUGAAAGCUCAGUGCCAUGACUUCGCCCAACAGAAUCUCAGUAACACUGCCUGGGCGUUCGCCAAAGUUCAGAUCAAAAGGCCAGAGAUGAUGUCGGCCAUCUCCCAGAGCGUGCAGCGCUUGGGCAAGAUGCCGGCGCAGGGUGUGGCCAACACGGUUUGGGCCUUCGCGACGCUGAACAUCCGUGAUGAGCCGUUGAUGUCCUCCAUGCGGCAGAUCUUGAUGCAGGGCAUGGGCAAGUUUCAGCUGCAAAAUGUCAUGAAUUCAACGUGGGCCUACGCCAAGUUGACGUGUGCAGAUUCGGAGCUCAUGGCCCAGUUCACCAGCGAACUGAUGGCUCGACGCUCCAGCUUGGCUGCUGGAGAUCUCACGGUGGCAGCUUGGUGCUUUGCCAGUGCUGACCAUUGCGACCCGCAGGUCUUGAAGAAGCUGACGUACGACAUUUUGCAGCAGGUGCGCCACAUGACACACCAGGACUUGUCGAACCUAGCCUGGGCACUGGCCAGGCUGAGCCGUGAAGCAGGACAGAUCUUUGAGGCCAUCUCGCAACAAGUCAUCCAAAACCUGCCUCAGUUCGAACCACAGAAUUUGGCCAUCACGGCUUGGGCCUUUGCCACGGUGAGCCAUGAGGACGAUACUUUGUUCCAGGCCAUCGGGAAAGAGGCCAGGAAAAAAGUGAGACGAUUUGAUCCGCAAUGUUGUGCCAACGUGCUCUACUCCUUUGGUCGGAUGGCAGUCAAGGAUGAAGAACUGCUGGAUCUCCUUGUGGAGCGCUUGCGGCACAGCGUGGAUCGCUUCAAGACCUUGGAGUUGUGCAACGCUGCCUGGGGCAUCUCCAAGAUGAAGAAAGCUGAGAGAGGGAUGCAGGCGAUUGCCAGCAGCGUGGUCGCGAAGGUGAAGGAGAUGAAUCCACAGGACCUGUCGCGCACUGCUUGGGCUUUCGCAAACGCGCGGAUCAAACAUGAGAAGUUGAUGGAUGAGAUCUCCUGGGAGGUCAUGGCGAAGAUUGAGAGUUUCGGCAACCAGGACCUCUCGAACACCUCCUGGGCCUUUGCCAAAUUGGCCGUCUCCAAUGCCAUGAUGAUGACUGCCAUCGGCAAGAAGUUGAUGACAAUGGUCAAGGAGCUGAUUCCCCAAGACUUGGCCAACACGGCCUGGGCCUUCGCCACCUUGGGGCUGCCUGAGAGCAACUUGAUGGACCAGAUCUUGUUGGAGGUGAUUUCCAAAGUCAACGACUUCACCACGCAGAACCUGGCCAACACUGCCUGGGCUUAUGCCAAGCUGGGCCUUUGGAAUGAGCGUUUGAUGCAGACGUUGGCGAAUGCGAUUCACCGGAAGAUCUGGGACUUUGACAGUCAGGGCUUGGCGAAUGUGGCUUGGUCCUUCGCAGUCUUGGGCUUCAAAUGCCCAAAGUUGUCAGAUGCCAUCCUGGCUGCAGCCAAAGUGAAGAUCGAAGCAGACGACUUUGGAGCACAGGAGUUGGCGAACAUCGCCUGGUCCUGGGAUGUCCUGGGAGAUGAGGAGCGCUUGAGACCGUUCCUGGAGAUGGCCAUCCCGCGCUUCACGGCCAUUGAUGGCUUCUCUGAUGCAGCCGCUAGCACGGACCUGGCCAACAUUGCGGUGAAGUACCAGAGCAGAGGCAGCAGGAAGUUGGACCAUGAGUUCCGGACGCGUUUCUUUGAGCCUCUGCUGGCUGCAUUGCAGAAAUGUGCACGCCCAGGUCGCAAUGGACAUGAAGUGGAACACAUGGAGUCGGAGGUCCAGCGGAUAGGACUCACCAAUUUCGGCUACAUGUAUGCUCGGGAGGCAUUUCGAGAACUAGGUUUCCAGAGCCGGCUCCACAACGAGGCGGCGCCGCAGUGGGUGGCCCACGCGCGGCUGCUGGCGCGGAAGCACACGGAGGAGUGGCGCAUUCCGGGAACCGAAAACAUCGUGGCCGUGGUUUCCUACGAAUUGCACUACCGUGGUCAGGUUCUUCGACAGGAGCCAAAGGUGGUGACCAAUGGCUGGGCAGAGGGCGUGCACAAUGAGGUGAAGGCCAUGCUGCGCGCCGUGGAUGCCCGUGGCUGGUCCUGUGAAUCCUACUCGCAGCGAGUGGCGCUGCUAGAGCUGUUGGAGGCAGCCCGAAGCCAAUUCGGAGAUGGCUGUGUGCCCGAACUCUCUGGAUGGCUUCGCAUCUACGACUCUCAUCACACCAGUGUGACAGGCCUUGCCAUUUUCUGCCAGUUCCGACGACAGGCUCCUCAGGUUGACAUUGAGUUGGACUACGAUGGCGGCUGGCACACGUGGGCUGGCAAGCCUCGCCCGUUAACGACGCUUUCCAGCGAGGAGAGCCUUCACUACUACAGCUGA